CCUAAAUUGUACGGAGCUGAUGCUAUACGACAGCGGUUAAGAUCUGAGAAAAAGCGAUGUGUCGGUUGACGGCAGUGAUCAGUUCGGGUGAUCCCAUUCUCCUGGCGGACAUCAUCACACGACCCAGGUGAACCAGACGACGAGAUGAGCUUACUUGUGCAUUUAUCUGUUGCUUUUGCUGUGUGUGCCUGUCUGUGUUGUGUGUCAGGAUGUCUGUGAUCAAGCAGUCGUUCAACUGCCAGGUACACACUGCACUGAAGUCGGGCAAUGCCCAGCAGACAGACAAAGGUCACCAUUUCACCAUCGAUGGCAUCCGUCUUGUCUGUGGUCCACAGGAGCGUCUGCGUCACGACCCCAGCAUGAUCUCCAGCCCAUACCAACAGUCAUUCCUCAACGGUAGGUAAAUGACACAGACAGCCAUGUGCACCGGGCGUCUGAGAGGUGUGUGUGUUGGUGUGUGUCUGUGUGUGUCAGGUGAUGGCUACGGAGUGGGUUGGUAUCUGCCUCAGGCGUUGGAGUCGUCGACUGCCCGCGAUGCCGACUGCCCGUGCGUCUUCACGUCACUCAAGCCAGCAUGGGCCGACAGGAACCUCGAGAUGAUUGCGGAAAAGGUAUGAAGGAUGGCACACGGAUCGUAGGGAGCGGGAAACCGACGAGUGGCUUGCUGUGUCGGUCUUGAUUGUGAUGCGGUGACUCGGCGCAGACCCUGAGCCCAUUGAUCUUCGCCCAUGUGCGGGCAGCCGGGCCUGGAUCGGGGUGAGAUGACGGCUGAGCCGAAAAAGAUUCCCCCUCAGUGCAUCUCACGGUUGCAUCUCUCACUCUGUGUGUUUGUGUUUGGUCAGUGUGUCCACUGAGCUGUCGUGCCAUCCCUUUGUGUACGGCCGUUUCCUCUUCAUGCACAACGGCUGCAUCGGCGAGUUCCAACGUGUCAGAAGGUCACACACACACACACACACACACACCAUCACAGCACAGCACACCCAUGGCGUUGUCCGUCUGUCUGUCUGUCUGUCUGUCUGUCUGUCCGUGGAUGGCGUGUGCGAGUGCAGGGCCUUGUUGGGUCUGUUGAAUGACGAGGCCUUUGAGUGGACCGUGAGCAACAGCUGCAUCGACAGUGCAGUCAUAUUCGGGCUCUUCAUCUCGCGACUCGACAGAGGAGGUAUUGUACCGAGACACGCACACACACAGCACGAGUCAACCCAUCAGAGGCUCCCUCCCUCCCUCUGGUGUCUGUCUGUCAGGUCGCGGCGCGUACAGUGCGUCCGAGCUGCGCGACAAGUUGCAGUGGACCAUGGCGACCGUCGUGGCCGUGUGCGAGCAGCACAACGUCCAGGAGACCUCCCUCCUCAACGUCGUCAUCUCCGACGGCCGCACCCUCCUCGCCACGCGAUACGUCCGGCCCCCCACCUCCCACCUCCCACACGCAUCCCCUUCCCACACGGCCCAGGACCACCACGACCACCAGCCGCCACCGUCGAACUCGACGGCAGCGAGCGAUGAGGAGGAGGAGGAGGAGCGCAUCGUGGCUGCCGAGGAGGGGGGACAGGCGGCAUCACUCUACUUCGCAACGGGUAAGUGGGUUGGUGAGGGGGAAGGGAGGGAGUGUGUGGUUGAUUUGAUGUGUCACGGGUGUGUGUAGGGACUGGUUGGGCGCCGACGCAUGCCGGGUCGGACAUGUACGAGAUGUGUCACAAAGACAGAAGGUCAGUCAGCAAGAGAAUCGAAUCCUCUUGGCAGGAUUGAUUGUCUUCUCACCCUCUCUUGUCGUCCCUGACAUCCAUCCAUCCAUGCAUCAGGAUAGAGGUGGCCAUCAUUACAUCCGAACCGCUCACCCUCUACCCAGAGGUACACACAGCGCCUGCCCUGCACUUAUAGCACCCUGCUCGCAUGAGUAAUGUUAUGUGCAGGAGUGGGUGCCCGUGCCGUCCAACCAUCUAGUGGUAUGUGACGGCAGCAGCGGCACCCCCCUCGCAGACAGACCCCCACCCCUCCCCCCGUCGCCCGCCGUGCUGCCCAUCUGGUCGGCCAACCACCCCUUUCCCAUCCCCAGGCCCAUCCCCAAGACCAUCGAUGUUCUCAUCACACCAAUGCCUUCUUGCUGCUCACGCCACAUUAGCAAGGCCGUCAUGGGUCCGCCGAGCAGACUGGUGGAGGUGGAGAGGGGCACGGAGGUCGACACGGAGUGGCUUGAGCAGGCCAGUCCCAAAAGGCCCGUGCUCGGCACCAACCGCUCUCUCGGCCGUGCCAUGACACCGCCCCCUUCGCUGAGCUGCGGGGCGAUGUCUCUGUCGAUGGAGCUGUCGUCGCCCGCCGGCAUCAAGUGGGUGCUGCAGUCGCUCACCCCUUUCCACCGGCACUCGUUCAGGGCCCACGGCGACGCCAUCCUGUGCAUGCUGACCAUCCCGUCGGCCUACCUUCCGUCGGAUGCAGCUGCUGUGGCUGGUUCGGACAUCGUUGUGUCCGGAUGCCAGGUACGGUACCUGGGCGGGCACCUGGGGGUGGGGUGAGUCUGUUUUCUUUCCUUUCCCGCAGGAUGGAUCAAUCAAGAUAUGGGAGACCCACACGUACGAGACCAUCCACACACUGGCCGGCCACAAGAAAGCCGUGCUCUCCCUCGCACUACACCACCAACCACAGCCCCGGCCAACAGAUGGCGGCAGCCCCACCAACAGCACAAGCAAAGGCAAACUGUGGCUGUUGAGCGGCUCAUCGGACACCACUGUCUGCCUCUGGGACAUCAGCUGCCUGCUCGUCUCCUCCACUGCUGCUGUAUCUGACGGCGACGCGUCCCCCCACGCGACUCUCGUCGACUCGAUGGACCACCUCUUCCCCUCACCCGAUGGCAUCCCCACCGUCCUCAAAACCACCAGUCGCCUCACUGCGGUCGCCCUGCCAGCAGCACCAGCACCGGCGCCUUCAUGCCAUCGGCCAUCUCUGCGGACACAGGUGCGGUUUAUGCCCUUGCAGGGCGACGUCUUGUCCCUCUGCACCGCACCUGCCGAGGGCCGGCUCAGCCGGCGGCACUCGCCGGCUGCAGCAGCAGCAGCAGAGGCCACCCGUCAGCCGUCAUCAAGCGCCCACCCAUACUUGGACCUCUAUGUCGGCUUCCAGAACACCACCUGCGUGACACUGAGCCUCAACGAGCUGCUCGCUCCGCAGCAGACGACACAAAGGUCCGACGGAGGCGACGCGGCUUACCAUUCGCUGGCAGUGGAGCCGCUGACGGGCGCGUCUCGCCACACGGGGUUCAUCCAGGCGAUUGUUGGUUGUGGUGAGUAUGUGCUGACGGGCGGGGGCGACGGGAUCAUCCUGGUGUGGAAGGGCGGACGGAUGGAAGGCGCGCUCAAGGGACACAGGUGCACAGGGACGUCGGCGAGAGACCAGCCAGGAAGAUCUGUCUCCAUGUGACGCGUUUCUCCAUGUGACGCGCUUCUCUGUCUGUUGUGGUCUGUGUCGGUUAGGGGUGGGAUUCUAUGCCUUGCGAGUUCUGACCAGCACCGUCGCGACGGCAACCAAGCUACCGGUGGUGCAUCGGGGUGGCGUCGGCCUCUGGGAGGCGGCAACCAUGAGCGCAUCGUCUUCUCCGGCAGGUGCGCAGCACAGCAACACCUAGCCACCCAUCCCAUCCUGUCACGCACUCUCUGUCUGUGUCUUCUCUCUGCAGUCGGGACAAGACCGUCCGGAUGUGGGAUGUCGAGCUGAGAUGCUGCAGACAAAGCCUCAUCGUACGAUGGCCACAUGGAUGAUGCACCAGACACGCCCAUGGAAACACACACAUAGAUGUGUGCGUGUUUAUAUGAUAUCAGGGUCACACGAGUGAGGUCCUGUCGAUAGCCCUGACGCACUGCUACGUCCUCUCGAGCGCCAACAGCGAGCUCUUCAUCUGGUGCCGCGAGACACACCGCCUCCUCUCCACUGUCGGCACCACCAAUGCCCUGCCAAUGGGCACAGCCAUCAUCACGGCCACCAUCGCCCUGCCCCACACGUCAGCCGCAGACGAGGACGCGCCACCCGUCGGCUCCAAACGCAUCGACGAUUUCUCCGUGCUGGUGGCUGGCGGCGACGGGCUCGUUCGGUGCGUGCAGGUGCGUGAGGAGUUCGAGGCACAUGGGUCGGCGUCAUUCAGCCCCAGCCCGUCGCCGCUUGAAGACCCCUCCUCGUCUGUUUGGGACGGCAAUGACAGCGACUUCACUCUCGACGGGCUGGCCAGCCCACUGGCCGAGCAGUCGACGCCGGUCAGGGACACCUCCAGGGAGGAAGAGCGCAGGGUGGUGCUCCCGCCACCUGCAGAACCGCACAACUGCACUGGUGGCACAAAGAAGCGGCAAAAGGACAAGGACAGCAGAGAGGUGGCCGAGACGAGGGUGAGGUACGGCUUGCCCAGGUCGGCCGUGUUCGAGUUCGAGCUGCUAUUCCGCCACCUCAUCUCAUUCAAGAGCGUCUCCGGGGACGUCAGCUGCCUGGAGGAGUGCUGGAAGAACGCCAAGUUCAUCCAGAAGCUGCUCGAGCAGCUCGGUGCGCGGGUCAAGCUGUUCGCCCAUCCCAGCGGGACCGACACGCCCCGCGCGCAGCAGGCGAUGCCGGCGACUCGCGAGUGUGCCGGGUCGGAGGGCCGCGUGCAGUUUGAGGACUGCCACAGGCAGCGAGCGACGCAUCCGGGGGCCAAGUCUCCACUGGUGGUGGGGCGGCUGGGCGACGACCCGGCCAAGCCGACGGUGGUCUUCUAUGGCCACUACGACGUCGUGAGCGCGAGCAUGGCGCCCCAGACAUCGACAGGUGGGUUGACGAACAGUGCAUGCGUGACCAAAUCAGAGCGACAAGAGUGUGCUGUGUGUGCACGUUGUUCAUUUUCUUCUCCUCCCCUUGUGUGCAUGUGUCCCAGACUCUGGUGAUGCGUGGCGCACGCCGCCCUUCGAGUUGACAGGACAGGACGGCUACUGGUUUGCAUUGCAACCAACGGACACACACGAACACACACGCCACAGCACAGCACACCACCCACCCCUACUUUGCGGUGCUGUGUGUCGUCUGUCUGUCUGUCAGGUAUGGUCGUGGCACGACUGACAACAAGGGCCCCAUCCUAGCGUCCAUCUUUGCCGUCAAGGCACUGCAGUCGCAGCGGCCCAAGGGCAGGUCACGCACUGGCUGCACCGGCAGCAGCAACGUGCGCAACGGCUUGGAGGCCCCACCCAACUCCAGACAGUGGAGCGAACGGAGCCGCUCGGCGGUCCAGGGCGCUACCGCGCUGUCCGAGUUGCCUGUCAACUUCGUGUGGAUCAUCGAGGGUCAGGACAGAACAUCACAAGACGGAAACAGACAACCACACACUGCCAUGCCAAGGGCUUGCCUCUGUUGUGUUGUGUGCAGGUGAGGAGGAGAACGGCAGUGUGGGGUUCGAGUCGAUGGUGGCGUGUGCGCAGCGGGAGGGUUGGUUCGAGGGCUGCGAGUACCUGAUAUGCAGCAACAGCUACUGGAUCGACGACCACACCCCCUGUUUGGUCUACGGCAUGCGGGGCGUCAUCGACUACCAGAUAGAGGUGCGGGGGGGCGAUGCUGACCUCCACAGCGGACUGCACGGGGGCAUCGUCGCAGAGCCGCUGCAAGACCUUAUCGCCCUUGUCAGGUACAAGCAGCAGAGAGAGAGAGGCACACAGGCUCGAUGGAUGACACAUGGGGUCGACCGAUGCCUUGGUUCCUUCCUGUGUGUAACUUGUGUUGCUUGCUGUCCGUCAGCACGUUGAAUGACGAGCAGGGCAACCCCAAUCCGGCCAUCAUUCCCCCGUUACCAGGCGUCGCUCUGCCCACCUGCUGUGCUGACGGCACGCCUCUCUUGAAACAGCCGCCGUGUCGGCACCGUCAUUUUUCAAGAGAGGUGCGACGACACGCCGCCGAGCCACAAAGCACAGAAAAAACCAAGAUCAUGGAUCUAUCUGUGUGCGCGUGUGUUGAUUCAUUCAUUCAUAUGUGUGUAGGAGAGCAGUCUGUUGGGGAGCUACUUCAACGUGGAUCGCUACCGUCGGCAGAUCAAGGGCGCGGCGCUCAAGUCGCAGAGCCCCCUCGACAUCCUCUACCAGCGGUGGUGCGCCCCCUGUAUCUCCGUGUCCGACAUAUUCACCUCACUCGCGAGAAAACACCAUUACCACCACUAUGCCCCCACAUCGCCCACUGAUUAUGCCGCGCUGCCUACUGCGUCACACAUUACCAACAGCAACCCCCGUGACGCCUCGACGACCGCUCAGGGGCUGCUGGCGGCUGCACUCAAUGAGGCCAACGAGGCACCGGCUGCUGACGCCACCAGUGGCACAGGCGGCGAUGAGACUCGUGCAUCCCUCUUGCCGCAGCCGAGUCGCGAUGACGGUAGUGUGAGGGAGGGAGGGGGGCGGCCGGGCGGCGUGGGCUCGUCUGCAUCAAGAGGCAGUGGUGGGUCGCAUCUGACGAAGGGCACAUUCAGGGUCAGUCAGUGAGAAAGCAAGAGACAGACAGACAGAGAGCACUGUGUUCGUUCCGUUUGUUCUAAUCGAUCGAUCGAUCAGGUGAUUCCCUGCAGUGCGGUGUGCAAUCUGUCUAUUCGAUUUGUCCCCGACCAGGACGCCAAUGCCCUGGUGGACCGCCUCACUGAGCACCUCACUCGCGAAUUCGGCCGUCGGGCGUCGCUCAACUCGUUGAAGCUGCGGGUGGUCAGUGUGGGGGACGCAUGGAUCGCCCGGACCGACACGCACGACAGCAACAACAGCAGCAGCAGCAGCAGCCGGCAGGGCAAGUUGUUCCGCUGCGCCACGCGUGCGGUGACGGACAGCUGGGGCGUGCGGCCGCUGGUGAUCCGCGAGGGCGGCACGAUGCCUGUCAUCCACUGCCUGAGUGCGGUGCUGGGCAUCCCAGCCAUCCAGCUGCCCAUGGGCCAGUCCAGCGACGCCGCCCACCUGCCAAACGAACGAAUACGCAUGAAGAACCUCUACAAGGUAUCUGACUGACGGAUGAUGAUGCCUCAAUGCCACAACGCCACCAUGAGUGGUGUGAUCUGACUGACAUUUACCUUUCUGUGUUGUGUGUGUGUGUAGGGCGUGGAGAUGCUGCAGCGGAUGCUCGGCUAUCUGGCGGAGGAUAGUACUGGGGCGCCGUCGACGCACCUCACUGUGCCACACGCAGCGCCAUGAUCGAUCGCAGGCAGGGAGACAGAAAACGCCUGCCUGCCUGCCUGCCGGGUGUCGAGUGGUGUGCCCCAAUCGACCCAGUACUGACCACCGCGUGUGUGGGCCGUGUGUGUUUUUCUGGCCACAUGCAUGGCUGUCCGUCUGGCUGCCACUACCUGGCCGGUGCCCACUGCAUUUGUGUUCUGCAUGUCGUGUGCGGUGACAAAUGGGUGUAUUUGUCUGUGCUGCCUUGUCAGUGACUGGGCGGCUUACUUACUUCAUCUAUCGACGCUUGGUUCGUUUAUUUGAUGUGCCUGUGGCGUGUGUGUGCAGUAAG